AUGAGCGGGCUGCGGCGGCUGUUCCGCGGCAGCGGCCGAGCCUUAGCCUUCGUCUUCGCCGCCUCCGUCGCCUGGCUUCUCCUCGAUAUGGCCGCGCUCCGCCUCUCCAUCGGCGACGCCGGCGGGAGGUUGUUACGAGAGGCGGCGGAGCGGCGGCGGAUAGGGCUGGGAGGCAGCCCCCGACCGGACCCCUCCAGGCUGCCCCGGCGCGGGGGAGGAGGGAGCUCGGCCUCCCGGGCAGCCCCCGGCCCACCGAGCCUCCCGCCUGGCAUCAGAGGGCAGCGUCUAGGGGCUCGGCUGGCCCCGCCGUGGGUGGCUCUCGGCCGGAGAGGCGAUGCGGGGCCCGGGGCAGCCCGUGAAGCCCCGUGGAAGGCCCGGCUGCGGCUCCACGACGAGUCCCUUGCCCCGGCCCUCGGGGCCACCGAGGCUGCCCGGCCAGCUGGUCGCACUGUGGUGGAGGGACGCGGGCGCAGCACCAACAGGAGCUGGUACCGACCUGCAGAUGCGGUGGGCACCGCCAGUCGGCCGCCCGCGACGGCGGGGCUGAGAGCCCUGCGGCCAGAGGAGACGAAGCCGGGAGGGAGGGAAGCGCCCUCCGAAAGUCGCUUCAUCCUCGUCGGCAAAGACGAGGCAGAGCCCGGCGGCCCCGGAGCUCCGCGCCCUGCUCCCAGCUCCGCGGGGACCCUGGCGAAGAGCCGUGAAGAGCCGCAGCUUGAGAAGGAAAACGAUGCUCAUGCUGCCAGUGCCAGCCCCCGGGCUGUGGCACAGGUUGGCUGGACGCUGGGUGCGAGGAAGGGAACAGCUCAGAGGGCUCCUUCCAGCAUCAGGGACAAGCAGGAGCGGGCAGAUGGCGAGCCAGGAACGCACCGGGUCCUGGCCAUAGAUGCAACGCUUGCCCCCAGAGACCCCCGAGCUCCCGGGCAGUUCGGGCGCCCGGUUGCAGUCCCCGAUGGCAAACAGGAAGAAGCCAAAAGCAGGUGGAAAGAAGGGAACUUUAAUGUCUACCUCAGCGACAUGAUCCCCGUGGACCGAGCCAUAGCAGACACCAGGCCUGCCGGGUGCUCUGAUCAGCAGGUUCACAACGACCUCCCCUCCACCACCAUCAUCAUGUGCUUUGUGGAUGAAGUGUGGUCCACCCUCCUCCGCUCCGUCCACAGCAUCCUCAGCAGAUCUCCCUCCCACCUGAUCGAGGAAAUCAUUUUGGUGGACGACUUCAGCACAAAAGAGUAUCUCAAGGAGAAGCUGGACCAGUACAUGUCACAGUUCCCCAAGGUGAAGAUCCUCCACCUCAAGGAGAGGCACGGUCUGAUACGAGCCAGACUGGCAGGAGCAGAGAUUGCCAAAGGUACUGUCCUGACGUUCCUGGACUCACAUGUGGAGUGCAAUGUGGGCUGGCUGGAGCCGCUGCUGGAGAGGGUCCGCCUGAGCCGGACCAAGGUCGCCUGCCCUGUCAUCGAGGUCAUCAGUGACAAGGACAUGAGUUACAUGACUGUGGACAACUUCCAGCGUGGGAUUUUCACUUGGCCAAUGAAUUUUGGAUGGAGGCAAAUUCCACAAGAGGUCAUUGAGAAGAAUAAAAUCAAGGAAACUGAUGUCAUCAGGUGCCCAGUCAUGGCAGGUGGCCUCUUCUCCAUCGACAAGAAGUACUUUUUUGAGCUGGGAAUGUAUGACCCAGGUCUGGAUGUUUGGGGAGGUGAAAAUAUGGAGAUUUCAUUCAAGGUCUGGAUGUGUGGAGGAGAGAUUGAGAUCGUUCCAUGCUCCAGAGUUGGGCACAUCUUCAGGAACGACAACCCUUACUCCUUCCCCAAAGACCGGGUGAGCACGGUGGAGAGGAACUUGGCCCGCGUGGCGGAGGUCUGGCUGGACGAGUACAAGCAGCUCUUCUAUGGCCACGCUUACCACUUAGUCCUGAGAAACCUGGAUGUUGGUGACCUGACUCCACAGAUCCAACUACGAAAGAAGCUCCAGUGCAAAAGCUUCAGGUGGUACUUGGAGAACGUCUACCCGGACCUGGAUGCUCCCCUAGUUAAAGCCAGUGGGUUGCUCCUGAAUGUAGCCACAGCAAGGUGCAUCACCAUAGAAAACACCACACUGGCUCUGGAGGCCUGCGAUGUGAGCAACAAGCACCAACACUUCAACUACACCUGGCUGAGGAGGAUCCAGCACGGGGAGCUCUGCGUCGUCCCGACUGGCACCAUGGUGUCCCUGCGUCCCUGCCAGCCAAGCAACCCCAACAUGGCCUGGCUGCACCGGGCACUGGCUGCCUUCCAGCCACAGCUGACAGACCACCUCAUCUCAGAGCACCUCCAGCAGCCAGCGUGCUUGGAAGUGGAUCCCCCUGGCAAAGCCCUGAGUGUGAGUGCCUGUGACUCCACAAAUCCUCACCAGAAGUGGCAGUUUGGCAGCUACUACGCAGACUGAUGGAGCACAGCUGAGCCAGAGACCCUACAUCUCCAGCUGUGACCGCAGUGAGGACAGCAGCAGACUGCAAGCUCAUUUCCAAGUGAGCAUCUCUCCAAUGAGCAGAGACUGAGAGGCUCCUUUCAGUCUGAAGAAGAGCAGGCUGAGGGAAGAUCUCAUCCAUGCUGAUCCAUACUUAAAGGGUGGGUGUCAGGAAGCAUGUUCCAGUGUUGCCCAAUGACAGGAUGAGGAAUAAUGAGCACAGACUUGACCACAAGAAGUUCCAUCUAAACAGGAGGAGGAACUUCUUCAAUUUAAGGAUGAUGGAGCCCUGGAGUGGUCUGCCCAGAGAGGUUGUGGAGUGUCCAUCUCUGGAGACAUUCCAAACCUGCCUCUGUGUGUUUCCGUGUGACCCAUGUUGGCAGGAGUGUUGAACUCGAUGAUCUCCCUGCUGCUGAACUUGAUGAUCUCCCUGCAGAGGUCCUUUCUGACCCCUAUCAUUGUGUGAUUUUUGUGUAGAUGACAACUGAAAUCCAUAGUUUCAACCAGCAGAGUGAGGGGUCAGGAUUCCAGGGGCAGCACACCUGGUGUAGCUGUAUCUGGAGCAGACACACAUUGUGGUUUUCCCUCCUUGUGGGACACUUUGGCAAAAACUCAACACAUUUUUCUGUCAAUAAAUGGGAGUAUUUUUCUGAA